GUUCUCUCAUUCAGUUCCCAUUGUACCGUUGCGUCGUCGUUCGGUGUGUUUUUUUGCGUGCAAGUGACAAAAGGCAAAUGGCAAAUGGGAAAAAAACGCGCUGAAAACGCCAGACGAUGCUCGUCAAAAUAGUUAAUUCAUAGUUGUUAAUUCAUAUAUAUUUUGUUCUGUUCGCAAUAACCGCUGUGCAAUAAAAAAAUCAUUAGCCAAAAAGAGAGAUAAAGAGAGAGAGCAGACGACGGAGUGUAGCGCAUUAGAAUAUAUAGAAAAAAUCGAUUGGAGCACUGGAUCUAACGGGAAAUCGGUCCAAAAUGGUGGGCCUGCUUAAUCCGCUGAAGUAUGGCGACCAUUUCUACGAGCUGUACACAAACAGCACGCGCAGAAAAAUGCAACACGAUCGCAAGGUGUUAACGAAGCGUAAAAGUCGGAAAGAUAAAUCGGCGGCAGCGAUGGCCGCGGCAGCUGCUGCGGCGGUUCUCGAGGGGAAUGCGGGCGCAGGUGGUCUGGUUAAUCCACUAGAUCCACCACUGGUCAAGGAGCAACUGCUGAUCCUGCCCUCCUUCCCGGUGGCGCACAUCGAACUGGAUCCGAAUGCGUCCAAAUUUGCGGUAUUCUCGGCGAUUAGAUCCACGGUUCUGGAGGCGGAAACGCGGUACGCUCUGUUCCAGGAGGGUGGAGCCGGCGGCGGUGGCCAGUCCGGAUCGGGCGCCAAGAAAUGGAGCGGCCCCCUGAACUCCUCCUGCUGCAUGAUGUGCGCCCACAGCUGCAUGAUUAGCAACAUUCUCGAUUGCUCCUGUCACGCCCAAUUGGCCAUGCACGGAGCAUUGGGGCCAGGAAAUGGAGCCCCUGGCGGACCGGUGGGUGUGCUAGGCGAGGGUAGAGUACCGGCACCGGUGCCCGUGGUGGUUGGCGGACCAGGUCUGCCCGCGGAGAAGCGACCACGACGGGACAGUGCCAAUAGUGACGCCGAUUCGGACACGGAGGAGCCCACCGAACGGGAACCCGUCUAUGCCACCGUGCCCCUAAUUGUGGGCGCCGGAUUGCGCAGCCUCUUCGAACUGAUCGCCGAUGCACGCCACGUUCAUCCGCUGCUCUGCACCAAGGCGCUUAAGGCCCUGCUCGACGUCAUCCAGGGCCAGCAGCCGGAGAGCUUCAAGCUGGAACCAGAGGAGCUGAUCAAUCCGCUGUACGAUCUCCUCCUCGAUCUGGCCACCAUGCCGGCCGCGCUCAACUCGGCCACGGGUGCGGAGGCCAACUGGUCGGCCAUGGCCUGUGCCGCCCUCCUGGGACUGUGCAUCGCCCGCGGUGACACCGGCAAGAUGCUGAAGGCCAUCGCCGCCAUGCUGAUGACGCCGCGCCAGCUCUCCGCCCAGAUUGUCCAGCUGCCGGUGGUGCUGGCCACGCUGCAGCACACGGUGAUCAGUGCUGCCCUGAACAAGCCCACCAGGCCGGACUUUCACAGCCACGGGGUGCCGCACAAUUCCUUGAUUGAUGAGUUCCCCCUUAAAUUACCGCCCUCGAGCACGGGUACACCCAUCACCUCGCCGGCGAUGGCCUGCGAUGGAGUGUUCGUGUACCUACUUUAUGGAGGAACGCUGCUGAAGAUCGGCACUGGCUUUGGGGGAUCCUAUAAGGGACAUGUUUAUGCCCAGAACGAGGACUUCAGCCACGAGCGGAGCGCCUGGCUGGGCUACAGCGGUGGGCAGCUCUACUUCCGGCGCACCUGUCGCCGCAGUGCAGGCGACCAGCUGCAAAUGGUGGGCCUGGACACGCUGGCCAUCAAGGCGAUGAGUCCACUGAGCAUGCUGCACAUGCGCGAGGGACUCAACUACGUGCUUUUUACGGACGACGACUCAUUGCACGCUAUUUGCAGCAACCGCGAUGACACACUGGUGGUGAAGAAGCUAAACCUGUACCACAAUAGCUACAACAUUGACCCGCCGCCCUUCGAGCUGCCCCUCCAGUUGGCCCGCAAGAAGUUCCGCACGCUGGGCUACGCCGCCUUCGAGGAUGAGCUGCUCAACCAGUAUCAGAUUCAGCGCAUCCAAUCGGCCCACAAUAGCUUUGAGCCGAAGCUACCGGCUCCAUGUAGAGAUGCGGAUGUGGAUGUGAUGGGCAUAGCCUGCGGCAAGGAAUUCGGGCUGGUGCGGGCCAGCAAUGGCCGGGUGUACUAUUAUGGAAAAUCAGCUGCCCUGGGACUCAAGUGUGUGGGUCGGACGCCGACUCUGAAACUCACCGAACUGGUCAUCUCCAAGGCGGCGAGUAUAGUCCAUGUGGCCGUGGGACACGAUGGCAUCCAUGCGCUGCUCGUCAACGAUGAUGGAACCGUCUUCUUUGCGGGAACAGCUCGUCGAGGGGAAGACGGUGAUAGCAGCAAGAAUCGGAGGCAACCGAAGGCGGUUAAGCCGAAGAAGAUGACCAAGAUCGAUGGCCAUGUGGUGGUGCAUGCCGCCUGCAACAAUGGCACCUCCGCAUUUGUUACGAAAACCGGCAAACUUAUAAUGUACGGCAAGGAUACGGCCCACUGCGAUGCCAUGGGCUUUGUGAGUGAGCUGUUGGAUCAGCAUGUGACCAAGGUGGCGCUGGGCAAGGCGCACUGUGUGGCCCUCAAUGCCAAGGGACAGCUGUUCUCGUUCGGACUGAACAACAAGGGUCAGUGCGGCAGGAUAUUCAACAAGUUGCAGCCGGUGAAGGAUGUGCCCCCAUUUGCCUCAUCCUCCACGGCCGCCGCCUGUUUUGCAUCCCUGCUGCCACUGGACAAGCGCCUGAAGCUGGACUUCUCCACGCUGUGCGACUACGAUGACCACAACCUGGUGCAGGGUCAGUGCCGGGUGUGCGUCAUCUGUCGGGAGUGCACUGGCUACAAUAUCAGCUGUGUCUCCGCCCUGAAUGUCCCACUGGAUCAGCGUUUGGCGGGCAGCAUAUGUCCCUGUGGACACGGAGAUGCGGGCUGUGCCAAGUGCGGACUGUGCGCCGCCUGCAUUGCCCUCCAGGAUAGCGAUGAAGCCAAAACGGAGCUAAAGCCGCCGCCAAGUGAUGUGCAACAGCGCCAGCAGCGCUCCAAAACCCUCAUCAUGCGUCGCAAGGAGCGCAAGGGCGAACUGGAGACGGGAGCCGCCGGCGGGGGAGCUGCCACGCCCACUGACCUGGACAAGGACCCACCGCGAGUGGCUCCGCUGGCACCGCAGCUGCUGCAGCUGACCAGCUCGUCGCCGGUGGUGCAGGUGGCCUGUGGCUUGCACCACACGGUGGUGCUGACUCUAGCCGGUGAGGUCUACACGUUCGGGAGCAAUCAGUACGGACAGUUGGGCAGCGGAGAUCUGCAGCCGGUGAGCGGACCAGUUCGUGUCCAGGUGUCCGGAGCCAUCAGUCAAGUAGCCGCCGGGAGCAACCACACUGUGCUGCUGACGUCCAAGGGAAUGGUCUACACAUUCGGCAACUACCAGAAGGGACAACUGGGCCGGCUGCCCAGUGAUUAUGGUCCGAAGCCACAAUCCCAGGAGGAUGACUCGCCGGUGGGCAUGGGAUCCGAUGGCGCAGGAGGAUCGGGAGGAUCGCCGACAGUGGCACCGCUGGGAAUGCCCGGACCGGAGCGAUCCCAGUCCCCGGCCACCGUCGCCCAGCCCAGUGGCUCCAAGGAGAUGCCGCCGCUAAUGCCAGUGCUCACGCAACGGCAAAAGUUCCUCUGGAACUGCUCACCCGGAGCUGUAUUUGGCCUGGGUCCCUGCUAUGGCAAAAAGGUGACCUGGAUUGGCGCCAACGGAGAUCAGACCUUCAUCAAGAUAGACGAAUCCCUGAUCACAGCGCAAAUGCUGCCCAAAAUGCAUGUGGUGGCCAACAAGAAGACGAUAUUGCUCAUUCCCAGCAUUCCGUUGUCCUUUCACACGCUCUCCAUAAAUCGCCGGGAUGGAAGUUGCACGGCACAUUACCGCGGACAAACCAAUUUCGUGCAACUAAUGCAGGCACAGCCGGAGCAACUGCAGCCGGAGAUAAACUCCAAUGUGGAUGUGGCUGUGACCCCGGUGGCGGAUUCACCGGCACAUGCCACCUCCUCCACCUCCUCGCUUCUGACCGCCUUGACGGGCACCGCCACGGCUGGGGUGCCCAUCAAUGAGCAGAUGUCGCGGAGCAUGCAUGAGGCACGCAACCAGAUCUUCGAGGAGCAGCCACCGGAUCCGGUGGGAUCUUCCACUGCGGCCACAGUCUCAGCACCUCCUGGCACACCGGGAUCAGCGGGAUCUGGGCCACGACCACGUCGCGUUGGCAAGCAGGGAGCCAGUUCCCCGGAGGCCAUUCCAUCGCCUCCACAACUGGCCUUCACCAUGGAUCCCACCUACAAUGUCCUGUGGGUUUUCGAUGGAGCUGCUCGGAAGUUGCGCUGCCACAAUGUGGUGGCCAGUGACAUCAACGAGAGCGAUGCGAACUCUACCACUUAUCGAUCAUUGCUCUCACCGGAACUAUCCUUGCCGGAUCGAGUGGACUCCCGAGUGGCCCGCUCGCAGGCCUCUUUGAAUUUACUGGCCUGCCUGGACAUUCUCACCUCGGCGCAGGACAACAUACCCGGAUGCUUCGAGCAGCCGCUGCUCAAGCAAACGCAACAGUCGGCGGAGACGCAGGCCGGGGAGUUCCAGGUGGUCAACCGCUUCGAUAACUUCGGCGGCGGAUGGGGGUACUCCGGGCACAGUGUGGAGGCCAUACGCUUCUCGGCGGACACGGAUAUUGUGAUCUGCGGCUUCGGGAUGUUCGGCGGACGCGGGGAGUACAGCUGCAAGCUGAAGCUCUUCGAUUUGGGCGGCGACGGGGGAGGCUACGAGAAGGAGGGCAUCCUGAUCAGCGAGACCAAGGAGGUGCCGUACGAGUGUGGCGCCAGGAGCAAGCACCAUAUCCUACUGCCCAAACCGGUUAGUGCGGUGGCUGGUAGAUGGUACCUGGUGUGGGCCCGCAUCGCAGGUCCCUCCUCCGAUUGCGGAUCCUGCGGCCAGGCCUCCGUGACGACCGAGGAUCAGGUGGUCUUCUCGUUCAAGUCCAGCAAGAAGGCCAAUAACGGCACCGACGUCAAUUCUGGCCAGAUACCGGCCAUCCUGUACCGCCUGGUCACCCAGGAUUGCAAGCAGACGCCGGCGCAGAUGGACGCCGAUCCGGUGCAGCGAAUUUCGCGGGCCUUUGCCAACAGCGUGAGUCGGGAGUGCUUCGAGAGUCUGGUGGUGCUGCUCAGCUGGUCCUGGGACUGCUUCAAGCUGCAGCUGCGCGAGGAACGAGAUCGCUCCAGGCCACUGCAGCUGCAGCAGUCGCUGCAGUACCUCGGCUAUGUGAUCAAGUCAUGUCUGCGCCUGCUGCGCAAGUACACCAAUGAGAUUUACCCCCAGCGGAGCUCCUCCACAUCGCUGGUGGCGAAUGCAGGCUCCAAUGCAGCCCAUGGCAGUGGCUUGGUGGCCUCCUCCACCCUCUCCAAGAUCCAGGCCAAGACAAAUAAAGAUAAGAAUGCCCCCCGCGUUGUGGGCAAUGCAGCCGUGAUGGCCAAGUACUUUGGUGACCCAUCGCCAUCGGUGGCCCCGGCAAUGAUCAGCAGUGGCGGCAGCGGAGGCGUACCAUCCACAUCUUCGGCUUCGGCGGCGGCGGCAACCGGAAGCGGAACUCCAGUGACCCGAAAGACCAACAUGGAGAACAUCCAGCUGGCCGAGUGCAUUGGCAAUGUGCGGGCCCUGCUCAUUGGCAUCUUUUGUGACGACAUCUUCAAGGACAUAGCCACGGAUGAGGGCUACGAACUCUCGCUGGAGAUCCUGGACGAGUGUCACCUGAGCUUUGUGGCCUGCUUCGAUGCCUUCUAUCCGACCUCCUCGUUGAAGUGGAACUGCCUGUGCGACCUGCUCGCCCAGAUGGAUCGUGGAGCACUGCACUCCCGCCUGCUCAGUGCGAUCCUGGCGGGCUUGUGCUCGCCAUCGGUGAAGCUCAGGGCCACCUUCUCGCUGCUCAGUGCGGCCGGGAACGAACGCCAGUCGAUCAUCAGUCCCAGCGACAACUCCGGCCUGCCCAUGCUCUCCUCCACGGACGCCCAUCCGUAUCCCGUGCUGGUGGAGCAAAUGAUAUACCGGACGCAGCAGGAGAAGAGCGACUUCCUGAGCAACUCGUGGACAUUCAAGGAUGUGCUGGUGCGACUGCUGGACAUCAUUGCCAGUCCCAUACGCUCCCGCAUCGAGGCUAUUUACAGCCGAAGCCUGGGAAGUCUGGGUGGCAGUUAUCCCGGAGGUGGCAAGGAGUGCGUCAAUCAGGGACUAAUCGACAACUGUUGCCAUCUGCUGGCCAGAGUGCUGGCCGAGAUCGUGUACCAAACGGCCAUGGGGGAAUUCGACAAACUGUUCAUGCCGCCCAGAACGCUCCAUUCGACCGGAGCUCGGUUCGCCCGCUGCGAUGUGAGCCGCACCUGGAACACGGGAAACUUUGGACCCGACGCCAUCGCCUUCGCCGUGGAUCGACCUGGUGUGGCCAUAGCUGGCGCCAUGGUUUACUCGGGAUCCGGGAGCUACGACUAUCAGUUGGAGUUGCUGUACGACAAUACGGCGGACUUGCAGCCGCAGCACAAGUGGGAGACCUUGGAGUCGGUGUCAGGGAGCUACGACCAGGAGGCGGUGCACAACGAUAUGGCGGAGAUCAAGUUCGACCAUCCGGUGCACAUAAAGGAGAAUGCCCGCUACGCUUUGAGGCUGUGCUCCCAGGGAGCUCGCACCUGUAGCGGCGAUGCCGGAAUGUCGGCUGUCCGAGGACCAUGUGGCGCCCAGUUCCACUUCUAUGCCUGCGAUCUGAGCUUCAAUGGCACCACUCCGGCCAGGGGUCAAUUGCCGUGCAUCCUGUACUACAGCACACCCAUGAAACAGGACGGAAAUGCGGCCAGUGGUGGACGAGGAGGUACAGAUGGCUCGAAUGUGGCCAAUCACGUGGAGGAGCGCCUGAUGCUUCUCGGCCCCCAUGAGGUCUCCACCCGCGACACGGCCCUACAAAUCGCCGCUGAUAUAACCAAAAAAUGUACCGAACUAUUGAUCCUGGCACGCAAUGCCAUGGCCGCUUCGUGCUCGCCCUCGGACAAUAGUUCGAAUCACACGCAGACCAUCGAUUCGGAGCACAAUAUCACACCCAUCGAGGAGCACAUGGACAUCAAUUGGGCGAACAACUCGAGGACAGCGGCCCAGCUGCCUGCUGCAGGGGAUCCGCAGCUGUCCACCGCCAGGGAUUUGGGCAAACGCAUCGAGUCCUUCUCGAAGGGCCUCAUGGAGACGCUCAAGUUUGACAAGCGAUCAACGAACCCCUUCGAGAUGGAAAUCGAGAUUGGAGCCACCGAAGUGGAGGAGUCGGCGGAUUUGAGGAAUGGCCAGAGUCAGAGCCAAAGUCAAAGUCAAAGUCAGAGUGUGCCGAUAAAUGGGAACGAGAGGACCACGGACUUCGAGGUAGCCGAGUUGCCGGCGCAACAAACCGUGACCGUGCAUUCCGAUUCGGAGGAGGCUCCUCUGGAGGUGGCCGGCAUGGCGGCCGCUUCUGCUGCUUCGGCUGCUCCUCUGGGUGGCGGCGGCGGCGGUGGAGCGAGUAUUGCCGGUGAAUCCGGCGGAGUGGGUGCCGUGGGCAGCCAAGUGGCCGCCGUGCAGCUGCUGGAGGUCUUCAAUCUGUCCGCCUCCAAUAUGUUCCAUACGCUAUUGCCACUGGUCUAUGCACACAUUGCCAAUCUGGCCUGCAGUGAUCCCAAGAGCUCCGUCCAGAUACUCGGCCUGAUCAAGGAGAUCCUGCCGCACAUAGCUGCCCUGAAUCAGCUGCAUGUGGCCAAGGAUCAGCGUCAGCCGGAGCCGGCCAUCUUCGCGCCACAGAACUCCAGUUCGGGGUCCAAUUCGAGCAGCAGCAGCAGCACCACGAGCAACCACUACUGUCUGGUGGAGAGUGAGCACCCCUAUCGCAGUGCCAGCAUCAGUAGCUAUCGCGUGGAGUUCCCGCCCUGCGUCCAGUGGCUCACCAUCGAGUUCGAUCCGCAGUGUGGCACUGCCCAGCUGGAGGACUACCUGCUCCUCUCGAUUCCCAUGCGUCCGGCUUCGCAGCAGGCACAGUCCGUUCCGCACGUGGACGACUAUCUGGAGCAGGCGGAUAACUAUGCACAUGGUGCAGGGGCGGACAGGAGACGCACUGCCGGCGGUGGCGUUGCCACAGCACCACCUAGCUCCCACCGGCGAUCCGCCAGUGUGCAGCUGACCAUGGCCAGUUGCUGUCGCAGUCCGGGUGGCGGAAACGCGCCAGGAUCCGCAACGGCUGCCAGUUCUAUGCCUCCGCUGCGCAGCCAGGAUCCCAAUGACAGGGAGUGGAUUGUGGUCAAGAAGUUCAACACAGCCUCCACCUGGCUGCACAAUGUCCUCAUUCUGCCCGGCAACUGUGUGGAAUUCUCCUUGGAGACGGCCUCACUUUACGCCCAGGAUCCGCACAACAAUCGCUAUGGCUUCAAGUGUCUGGUGGUGGGCUACGACAACCCCACAUCGAUCAAUGCCAGCAACUCGUGUCUCAUUCGAUUGGAACAGGAGUUGGCCUACUUGGGCGGCAUGUGCAGUGCCAAUCUCAUGAAGAAGGAACUCAAUCUGCCAGAUGACAAGGAUGUGGAGGACAUGAGCGGCAUCGAGGAGACCAUCAACGCCCAUCACACCCUGCUCUCUAAGGGAUUUGCCCUAUCCGAACCCCAGUUGACCGUGCACCAGGCUCUGGAAUCGUAUCUGCCCAUCGGAUCCCAGUCUAAUGAGCGGCAGUUCCUUAAGGACUUUAUCAGUGGGGCGCCAGGAUCGUCGGGCGCCCGUUUGGCGGCCUGGUUGCAACCGGAGUCACGCCUGGAUCCCAAUAAAUGUGAGUUGAACACAAUCACGGAGCCACUGCGCUACGGUUGGCCCUCCCAGGUGACGGUCACCAUUCGGGAUCAGUAUGGCGAUGCGGUCCUGGUGCCGGAGCUCAAGGUGGAGAUCAAGGCGAUACCCACGGGCUCGGGUCCGAAUGGAGCUGGGACAACUGGAACGGGAGCUUCAGCAGUAGGGGCAACGGCAUCAGGUCCGAACCUGUGGAUGCGCCGUGCCUCCGGCGACACUUGGGGCUGGGGCGGAAUGGCCCCGCCGCCGCGACUCAACUAUGAGCCCACCUCCAAGGAGAAGAUGGUCUUCAAGGCCAUCACCUUCAUGAAGCCCUUCACCAACUACUCGUUCGAGGAGCUGCGCUACGCCAGUCCGGUGCAGACGCGCAUCACGGAGCUCCUCAACGCCAAGGACAUGGAGGACGGCACCUUCAGUGUCCAGUGGACGCCCAGUUCGGUGGGCGCCUACUGCCUGGCGGUCACCAUCGACGGCAUUCCGCUGGAGGAGGUCUACCGCGUGGACGUCAAGGAGGGCAUCCUGCCGCCACCCACCCAGAGGAGCAGUGCCCAGCGGAGGCCACAGGCGCCUAGCAAAUUGCGCCGCUAUCAGGCGCGCCAUAGUUCCGGACUGCGGAUUCGAUCCCAUCCCACGCUGCAGUCGGAGCAGGUGGGCGUGGUGCGGGUGGGCGGCGUGAUCUCGUUCAUCGACGAGAUCGAGAACGACGACGGCAUCUGGCUGCGCCUGUCCACGGAGUCCAUUCGGCAGCACUGCACCAUGGGCUGGUACCCCACGGAGGCCUGGUGUCUUCAGUUCAACCAGCACCUGGCCAGGAUGCUGCUGCAGCCGGUGACCGACAAGGAGGUGGUGAAUCCGGCGGCACCGCGAAAGGGCCCGAAGGCGGCGACCCAGGAAGCGGAGGAUGAGGAUGAGGAGGAGGAGGAGGAGGAGGAGCCGCCGCCGCCGGUCAGUCCAACGGGCGGCAGCGGUGAGGCCAGUCCCGAUCCCGAUCGGGAUCCCAGCCCGGUCCUCAGCCCAGCCAAAUCGAAGCCAGGUCGCUUUCUGGCCGGCCAUCAGUCCACCAAUCCCUUUCUCUAUCCCUCCAAGCAUGCCGAUCUCGCCGAGCGGGAGGCUCAUGAGCGGGAAAAGGAGGAGCGGGACAAGGAGGAGGAGCAGCAGCACCAGCAGCAGCAGCAGCAGUCUGAAGAUCCGGAGGAGCAGCCGGAACAGGAGGCCCUGCCCGCGGUGGAACUGCUGCCCGCGCACAUUGGCUCAGCCAUUGCCGGCGUGGUGGGCGGUGGAGCCAUCAAGUUGCAGGCCCUGCAGAAGUGGUUCAAGGGGGAUGCCGUGGAUGGGGCCCAACCCCUGACCCCCUCCCACUCGCCGCCCCUGGCCGGGGUUUCUGUAAGGGAACUGGUGCGGGCCAUGGGUGGCCAGGACUCCUCCUCGCCACGUGGCAAUGGGAAUCGCAGCCAGCAGCAGCAGCAGCAGCAGCAGGAUCAGCAGGAGCCGGAAUUCAGCUUGGCCAGCAUGAGGAGACCCAACUACUCGGCCAGUCAAACGGCUGCCCUUCUCUCCACGCCCAAGCACACACCCAAAAGAAGUGGUGGCGCCAUGCUGCCCGCGGACACUGGCGGACUGGAGGAUGACCUGAGCCUGCUGCAGAUCACCACCACGACCACGGGGCAGGGGGAGCAGCUGAGCGAACUGCAGCUGGCCACCACCUCCUCCUCCUCCUCCUCGGUGCCGGGAUCGUCGAAGAGGAGCACCGCCAUGGGGCCCAUCAAGCGGGCCAUGCCGCCCUCCUUUGCGGAGAGCAUUCGGGCCGUCUUUGCCGCCCUGCUGUGGCAUGAGGGAGUGGUCCACGAUGCCAUGGCCUGCGCCAGCUUCCUCAAGUUCCAUCCGGGGCUGCCCAAGGAGGGGGCCACAGUGGUCACGCGUCGCGGCGAGGCCGGUGAUCCCCGGCUGCAGUUGUCCAGGGAGCAGAAGGCACAGCAGCGGCACUCCGUGGAGGUGGCCAAUGCGGGCCACUACCUGAACAUACGGCCAUCCACGCUGGAAACUCUCACCAAGAGCGGCAACUGCUCGCUGCACAAUCGCAGCAAGUAUCGCAAGAAUCUGCUGGCCGGCGGGGUGGUCAAUCCUGGCGAGGAUCAGGCCCAAAAGCUGCAGGCUCUGCCCGAAAUGGUGAGCGUUCUGCCGCCAGCCCUGCGUUGUCUUGUCUAUUUGUGGGAGCAGAUCUGCUCCGGCUGCGUCCAGAUUGUCCAGUCCAAUGCGCUGGAGCAAAGGGAGCCGCGACUACUCUCCCCGGGAAGUCGUGAUUUGAACGGAGAUGCGGACACCGAGGGCAAGGAUGGCAAGUGCUCGGAUCAGGGAGCCGGCGCAGACAAGGAUCUGGGCAGGAAGUGCAAGCGCAAGAAGAAGGACGACGGGAGUUGGUGCGAGAUCUGCGAACUAUUCCUGCCCAUGCCCGUCACAUAUCACAUGAGGAUCGCCCAUCCGGGCUGUGGUAAGUCCGCCAAGGGCAAGGGCUACAAUUCCGUGGGCAUUUUCUGCGAGGGAUGGGCGGGCAACUGCGGCGAGGGCGGCAAGGGGGCCUCCUCCUGGUUCCUGAUGUGCGAUCCCUGCCGAGAUCGGUAUCUCGCCUCCUGUCGCAGCGCCAACAACAUCAACAGUGCCGCCCGGCAAUUGGAGUCCAGUGCCGCCGAAGGCAAUGAACUGAAUCUGUUUGGCGUAAAGUCCACCACAUUGAUAGCCAAUGCCGAGGUGUACACCACGAUGCGGGAGAACGCCACCUUCCUGCUGGAGCUCUGCUCGAGUUCCAGUUCCGCAUCGGGAGCAGCCGGCAGCCUGGCCGCCGUCAGUAGCUCCACUGUCAAGCGAUCGCCCCAGCAGAUGUCCGUGGUGGCCAUGCCCGUGGUGAUCGAGCACCAGCUGGGCAACUCGGACCUCAAGCCGAGCACCAGUCGCUGCAGCCGGAUGGCCCGCCUGAGCGGCUCCAAGUUCUGUCCGGGAGUCGGCAGUGGGGCGUUCCGCAAGAGCUUUGUCGGCGGACCGCCGACAGCGCCGGAGAACGUGUGGCUGGCGCCGGAGAGCUUCGCGUGUCUGGAGUGCCUGGGCACCGCCGGACACGAGGAUCUGCCCUACGAGAUGUUUGGACUGGGGCCCAACUCGACCGACAAUGGAUACGAUAGGCCUCUUUCGGAGAUCUCCUAUGAGUCCUGCGAACCGAACAAUUACGAUCUGCUGUCCGGCUCCUUGGCGCCCGGAUCCACGGCCGGUGGCGGAGCUCCUGGUGGUAAUCUUUCCAAGUUCCACCGCAGCUAUUCGAUGGGUCAGGGCUGGGCCGCACUGGCGCAGCACAACCACCCGCAGCAGCAGCAGCUGCAGCAGCAGCACAACCAUCCGCAGCAGCAUCAUCAGCAGCAGCAACAGCAGCAGCAGCAACAGUUGCACCUGCAGUUGCAGCAACACCAGCAGCCACCGGCGGAGGGACAGGUGCCCAAGGUGGUCUACCGAAGGCGAAACAAUUCCACCAGCGAGGGCGACGGAUCCCUGCUGAUCUGCUACCCGUCGGAGCAUCUGCGUCGCCUGGUGCCGCACAAGCUGUUGGCCAGUGUGUCCAGUGUGCUGCAGUCGUCCGAACCGGGGGGAGCCAGCAAGGAGUCCGGCACGUUGGGACUGGAUCAGUCGGCGGGCCAGAAUGGAGGCGGUAGCCAACUGCUCACCCGUCCGGCCAUGGCCUUCAUCACCCAGAAGCACGAGCUGGACAGGCUGAGGGCGGCCAUGCGCAGGAGCUUGAGGAUCGCUGCCUGCAGGAUCUAUGCCCUGCAAGCGCUCAACUGGCUGCUGCGGAGCGUCACCCAGGGCGUGUGCCUGCACGAUCUCAUGUGGUGGUUCGUCAGCUCGCUGACCUCCGCCACCGGAGCGGGUGGUCAUCCGCCGGAGGCUGGCAGGCAGGGUGAAGAGGCCGCGGAGCCGGCACUGGAACACCCGGUGGCCUACACCCAGAUCAGCGGCAGAUUCGCCCAUCUGAUCACCCAAUCCCUGCAUGUGCUGCUCCAAUCGGUGGCGGAUCUCACGCUCCACCUGCCACCCGGUUCGCCAUUGCAACGGGUGGCCAUCCAGUGCUUCGGCAUCCGCUUCCGCCAGGCCGACCAUCAGUUCCUGCACAGCUCGCAUGUGUUCGGCAACAUCUCGAAGAUACUGUCCAAGUCGGAUGAGCAGAACGACGCCAUGGCCGUAUCGACGAUCCUCAAGCCCCCCGACUGCGAUGCGGAGCACAAUCAGCUGCAUCCCGUUGCGAAUGGCGGAUCUGGAGCUGGAACUGGAGCUGGAGCUGGAGCUGGAGCGAGGCUCAUCUGCUACACAGAUCUGGCGGGCAUGUUCGAGGUCACCGUUUCCUCGCGUCCAGCCAUGGCCGAAUCCCUGACGGACAACUCAACGGAAACCUUCUGGGAGAGCGACGAGGAGGAUCGCAACAAGUGCAAGAUCAUCGAGUUGUCGCUGACCAAGCUCAACUACGCCUGUCGCUAUCUCCUCGUGCACAUCGACAAUAGUCGGGACAUUCAGAACAAGGUGCUCAAUGUGGUUUUCUAUGCCGGCCAGUCGCUGGGCGACACAAAUGUGAUUAAGUCAGCGGACGUGGACCCGAAGGCCUGCUCCUGGAUCUCGGCGAAGAUCUGCGACGACAGCUGCACCCACUUCCGGCUGGAGCUGCAUGGGCCGGAGAACACGCUGCGCGUGCGCCAGAUCAAGUUGCUCGGCCUCCCCACUGGUGGAUCGGUGGGUCAGGGUCAGGGUCAGGGUCAGGACCAGGAUCCCUCGGAUCACAGGCACCAUCUGCAUCAGCAUUCGCAUCAGCAUCAGCAUCAGCCCAAUGUGCGCUUGAGUUACGCCUCGCGCAUCCAACAGCAGAUUUGUGAGGCGGAAACGUUGCGGGUUUUCCGUCUGAUCACUGGCCAAGUGUUUGGCAAGCUGAUCAGCAAUGUGGGCUCCGAAGUGGUGCCACCGGACUCGGCGGGCAUCGGAGGACCACCGAGCAGUGGGGGCGUGGCUGGCACCUCGCUGCUGGCCGAUUCCCUCGAUCUCCGGGAGCACAUGGUGGGCAUACUGUUCUCGCGCAGCAAGCUGUCGCACCUGCAGAAGCAGGUCAUCGUGCACAUUGUCCAUGCGAUUCGCAAGGAGGCACAGCGAGCCAAGGAGGACUGGGAGCUGGCCAAUUUGGCCCAUGCCCUGAAGCAGCCACCGCAGCUGCAAUCCCAGCCAGCUGCUUCCACUGCGUCCACUGCUCCCACUGCGCCCGCCGCAUCCGUGAGCAGUGAGGGCUCGCCGGAGAGGAGUCGAGCCCCGGACACCUACUGCUUCGAGAUGCUCAGCAUGGUGUUGGCCCUGUCGGGCAGUGUGGUGGGUCGCUCCUAUCUCUCGCAGCAACAUGGACUGCUCCGGGAUCUGCUGGGACUGCUGCACACUGGGAGUGAUCGGGUGCAGCGACAGGUCACGGCUCUGUUGCGCCGCAUCCUGCCGGAAAUAUCGCCGGAGAGCUUCGCCGAGCUGCUGGGAGUGCAGCGACUGCCGCCGGCGGACUAUAGCAUUGCCCACCAGUCGGCCAGCGAUUUCGAUAUGAGUCGACUGGGCCUGCUGGAUAUAUUCCUGGCCGUGAUAGCCAAGUCCCUGCAGUUGCAGGUCAAGGUGAAGACCACGGCGGUGUCUGCCGGAGGAGCAGGUUCGGGAUCUGGCUCUGCCACGGCUGGCUCAUCGGGAGGCGGAGGAGGAGCUGCUUCGAAAGCGGGCCAGCAGGAGAAGACGCCCGCCUUUGUGCGACUCUGCAGCUCACUGGAUCUCUCCGUGCAGCAGCUGAGAUCAUCGCGACCGCCCACCGGCGAGUCCGGCGGAGCCGAUCCCUUCCAGUUCGAGGCCCUGCCGCCGAGGAAGGAGUCGAAGAGGAAUCUCAACCAGCGCUGGUUCCUCAACGGAGUCAUAUCCACCAAGCAGGCGGAGAGCAUUAUCGGUCUGAUAAGGGAUUUGGCCAGCGGUAAGCUCAGCGAGAAGUGGUCACAGAUCACCAAGGCGGCCAUAGCCGAAUCCGUGCUGAAUCUCACCCGGCUGGAGGAGAUCUACCGCUCGCCGGAGCACUGCACGAAGACCUCGACCUUGUGGCUGGCCUUGGCCAGUCUGUGUGUCCUGGAGCGCGACCACGUGGAGAAGCUCUCCUCCGGCCAGUGGUCCAAGCUGUGCGACACGCGGCCACUGUGCAGCAACCACGACGAUGGCGAAACGGCGGCCAUCAUCCAGUGCGAGACCUGCGGAUCCCUGUGCGGCGACUGCGAUCGCUUCCUGCAUCUGAAUCGCAAGACACGCUCCCACAAGAGAACGGUUUGCAAGGAGGAGGAGGAGGCCAUCCGCGUGGAGCUGCACGAGUCGUGCGGCCGCACCAAACUCUUCUGGCUGCUGGCCUUGGCCGAUUCCAAGACUUUGAAGGCUAUGGUGGAGUUCCGCGAUGGCAGCCACACGAUCAUCUCCGGUCCCCAGGAGACGGUGGGCAGGUGUCGCUUCUGCGGCCUCACCGGCAACUCCGGUCUGCUGGAGAUCGGCAACGUGUGUGCGGAUGCCCAGUGCCAGGAGUAUGCGGCCAAUUCGUGUCUGAAGACCAAGCCAUGUGGUCAUGCGUGUGGCGGCGUCACCGGCGAAAGGAAGUGCCUGCCCUGCCUGCAGCAUGUGUGCCACAGUCGCGAAAAUGAGCUGGCCGAGGAGCUAAGGGAUCCGAAGCUCACCCAGGAUGCGGACGACAUGUGCAUGAUCUGUUUCGUGGAGGCCGUAUCCUGUGCUCCCUCCAUACACCUGGAGUGCGGCCAUGUGUUCCACUACCAUUGCUGCAAGGCGGUGCUGGAGAAGCGCUGGAGUGGACCACGCAUCACCUUCGGCUUCUCCCUGUGCCCCAUCUGCAAGGCGGACAUCCAGCAUCCCCUGCUGGCCGACAUCCUGGAGCCCAUCAACGGACUCAAGCAGGAUGUCAAGCGCAAGGCUCUCAUGCGAAUCAAGUACGAGGGCUGGGUCAAGGACACGGACAGCAAGGACGUGAAUACGACCCAGCUGGCGAUGGAUCGGUAUGCCUACUACGUGUGCUUUAAGUGCCAGAAGGCGUACUACGGCGGUGAGGCGCGCUGCGAUGCGGAAAUUGGCGAGAAGUUCGACCCGGAGGAGCUGGUGUGCGGCGGAUGCUCGGAUGUGGCCAGGGCGCAGAUGUGUCCCAAGCAUGGCACCGAUUUCCUGGAGUACAAGUGCCGAUACUGCUGCUCGGUGGCGGUGUUCUUCUGCUUCGGGACUACGCACUUCUGUGACACCUGCCACGACGAUUUCCAGCGGUUGACCAACAUACCGAAGGUCAAGCUGCCACAAUGUCCGGCCGGACCGAAGGCCAAGCAGCUGCUGGGCGACGAGUGCCCACUGCACGUGAUGCAUCCGCCCACCGGCGAGGAGUUCGCCCUGGGAUGCGGCGUCUGCCGCAAUGCCCAGACAUUUUAGCCAGACACCUGGAUAUGGAACAACCAUCCGAAUGACGAUGCCGACGAUGCCGAUGAUGACGACGAUGACGAUGACGAUGACGACGAGGAGUUGGCUCCGAACAUGUGGCUGAGCAUGUGGUCACGGUCGGACGACUCGCGGACAUAUUUGUAGAGAUUAAAGAGAUCACCCAAAAACAAGACCCACGAAACCCCCAUUUGAAAGGAUCGGUCUUUCAUUCCCCUCUCUAGACAUUAAUUCACACAUCGGAAUGGAAAACGGAACGGGAAACGGAUAGAUAUUUUCUAGGAUAGCUGAUAUUUAAAACGAUGGAUAUUGGAUUACAGAUUAGCAAAUAGCAAAUAGCGUAUAUAGCAUAUUUUCUCCCAGGCAAUAUUAUUUUGUAACACACGAGUCGAAACGAUAUUUAAGAUUAAAAACUCACUAUUUAUUUAAUGUACAAUUCGGAGUUGAUCGAGAAAGAGAGAGAGAGAGAGAGAGAGAGAGAGGGAGUGUGGGAACGAGCGCGAGAAGUGUGUACAUAAUCCUCUUGCUCCCUGACCCCUGACCUCUAACCUCCACCUCCACGACCUCCUCCUGCCACCCCCUCACCAUCCUCCCCCUCCCUUCUCUUCUUCACCCUCACUCCAGUAAAAUGGCACAUUAUGCAACAUUUAUAUACAUAUGUAUUGCAAAUAACGAAAUUAUAUAUAUUUAUU